AUGGUCGGUGGUGAUCCGAAAGUGAAAGCUCGAGCAUUGACCAGACCAGGACCACAAUCUGAAUCGGCUGGAAAAUCUGAUGCUUGUGAAGGACGCCCUAACCAGGAGGCGUGUGAUCUGAUCUCCAUUGUUGAGAGAAUAGCAACACAAUUCCUUGAGGAUGUGCAUUGGGGGAAAAACUUGACUUUCUUGUGGUUGGCGUGCCACCUGGCACUUCUGACGAGAAUAUACGGUGCUCUCAUAAUCACCACUCCACAGCAGGUUUACCUUAUAGAUGUUUGGGAGGAAGUGAGUUUCUGCAAAAAGGUCGGGUUACCAGUCUUGGGAGUGGUCGAGAAUAUGAGUGGUUUGUGUCAAUCCCUGUCAGAGUUGAAAUUCAUGAGGCUUGAACGAGACAGGCGAGCAGAAGGACUUGACCGAGUGGGUGCCAUGAAAGAUAUUUGGAUUUGGAAGGAUUGGCCGUUUGGUGGCCCGAGUCGCCCUUCAAAGCAAUGA